GGAGCCUGGGAGGGAGCGUUUCGCCAAAACUGAGUCGCAUCAUGACGUCACGGUCGGCGCCUCCGCCAUCUUAGUUAUGGGCAGAGAGGCGGCAACUUUGGAAGUGUAGCGUGGGUGCGGUUGUCUUAAUGCAGAGACGCAGCUGGCGUGGGCUCUUGGUGAGCCUGGCCGUAGCGGCUGCGGCCGUGAUAACAGCACGGCUGAUGGGCUGGUGUGGUUCUUCCGCUGGCUUUCGCCUUUUCAUACCCGAGGAACUGUCGCGCUAUCGCGGCGGCCCGGGAGACCCGGGCCUCUACUUGGCGUUGCUCGGCCGCGUCUACGACGUGUCCUCUGGCCGGAGACACUACGAGCCCGGGGCCCACUAUAGCGGCUUCGCAGGCCGAGAUGCAUCCAGAGCAUUUGUGACUGGAGACUACUCUGAAGCAGGCCUGGUGGAUGAUGUAGCUGAUUUGUCCUUCUCUGAGAUGCUGACCCUUCAAAACUGGCUGUCAUUUUAUGAGAAGAACUACGUAUUUGUUGGAAGGGUGAUAGGAAGGUUCUACGGAGAGGAUGGGCUGCCCACCCCGGAGCUGACCCGCGUUGAAGCCGCGAUGGCCAAGGGCUUAGAGGCUGAUAAACAGGCCCAGCGAGAGAAGCAGAAGUUCCCCCCAUGCAAUGCUGAGUGGAGCGCCGCCAAGGGCAGCCGGCUCUGGUGUUCGCAGAAGAGUGGAGGUGUAAGCAGAGACUGGAUUGGCGUCCCCAGGAAGCUGUAUAAGCCUGGGUCCAAGGAGCCCCGCUGCGUGUGUGUGAGAACAACUGGCCCCCCUAGUGACCAGACGCUGGACAAGCCCAUACACAGAAACCGUGGGGACCUGGAUGACCCCAGCUUGGGAGAAUACCCAGGCUGCCCGCCUCUGGCAGCCACAUGCUCUUUUCCUCUCUAAGCUGGAGCCCCAUUCAUUGAUAACAAAGAGAACGCUGUGUGGAACUCGUAGGCCCUGAUACUCACGUGCCAUCGGUGUCUCCUGGCAUGAAACAGGGAGCCUGGGCUCCAGGACUCUGGCUGCACCAUGCAGAUGCACUUCACUAUGGGUUCCUCAUUCUGCCGAGGUGAAAGCUGGGCGGCCGAUACCAGGUUCUCGGCAGCCUGUUCUGCUGCUGUUCUCCUGUGGCCAUUUACAUCUUUCUUCUGCACCUUCAGAUAUUAAUAGGCACAAAUACGACCUCCUCAGAAAUAACUAGACGACAAGGAAGUCUCUGAGCUCUAGCUGCUUCCUUCCCAGGCCUGGACCAGCAGCCAGUCUGAGCGCCCCCCAUAGCCCAACCUGUCAGGGGAUCUGGAGCAGUGGUAGGAAGGGACUGCAGCUCUCAGCACAGAAAAACACAUCACAAGGAGCUGUGUGUAUUAACAGCACCAGGUAACUGUCCCCAAGUCCCCACCAAGUUUGUGAUACCCGACUUCUACAACUUGUUUUUCUAAGACCUCAACCCUAAGGCAACCUUGAGUUUACAGUCCAGUGCCCAGUGAUUACAGCUGGCAUUACUGAGUGGUAAUAAUAAAAUGAGAAAGACCAUUCUGGAAAUGGAAA